UGGUAGCGGUAAUCGGGCGACCGUCCAAGCGCUUUAAAAACGAACCGAGCGCGUCGCGUUUCCCAAAAAUCGUUCUCGAGAAUACCACCCAGCAUAUGUAUAUGUGUGAGUGUGAGCGAUUUGGCUAAGAUGUGUGGCUGUGUGAGUGUUGAAGUUGUUGCAUUGACAAGGCGCGACCAAAAACAACGCCCAAAAAAGUAGGCAACGGAUAUAGCAACUUCUGACCUAGCCGAGAAUAAAUAUACAGCGGAGAUAAAAGCCAGUAAGGAACGCCGGAAAUCGCAAGGAGCCAACAAAUUGAAGUCAGUGUAACAGUGUGCGUGAGCCCGUGCUCGAGCGUGUGUGCGUGUGUGUGAGGCGCCAACUUGCCCCGGCAGAAAAAUAGAAAUAAAUAUUCUGCCAAAUGGCAGCCCAACGGCACAAAAAGUGAAAAGCCUAGCCCGGCGAAAGAAAUUUUUGAAGAAAAAUUAAAUUUUUCCGCAGAGCCAAAAGAAGCCUUGGUGCGAAAUUCCAGUGAAGUGUGACGAGAUAGAAAAACCAUUCCCGAAGAAAGUAAAUUUUGCAAAUCAAAGUCAAGCACUUUUGGACCCGGUCUGGACUAUUAAACGCAUUAACCGGCAUGGAAAGACAACAACUUGAGACCCAGCAGCCGUCGGCCAGGAUCUCCUUUACCUCCUUGGAAGCCUCCUCGUCGCUGAGUACGUGAACGUCUCCGUGGAGAAUGUCCGCUUGCAUGACAAUUGUAGCGUGCCAGCAUUCAGAAAACGCAGUAGCAGCAGCAGCAGACGACGCGGCUGAGCGAGCAGUACGUGAAGUGAUUCUCAACAAGGAGCGCGAGUAGGAGGGAGGAGCAAGAGCAAUAGCAGCAGCAGCAGCAAGGACAUCCCACAUCCAACAUCCUACGCACAUGCACGACGGAAGGGCUUAGCACCUGCACUCGAGCCGCAGACAGCAGAAGAGCCAACGCACGGAAUAACUCACGUAAACUGCCAUAUUUUUUUGAACCAAAUAUACAACCAACAAAACGUAUCGCUGUUGUAAAAUUAAAAUACAAAAAGUAUAUAAAAUAAGGAUAUAAAAAGUGAAAAUCCUUGCCGAAAUAAGCAAAGCGAAAGCAGGCCACGCCACAAACAGCUAUCUUGUGGUCAAUUAUACAAGAGCAGAGAGGACAAAAAAGGACAAAAAACCAACAGUUGGACAUCAAGUUAUCGAAAAAACAACGACAACAUUGCGACGUGGCCAUUUUGACCAAUAAUAAUAAUGGUUAUGUUGCUGCACUCGAAGCGACAACUCCCGCCAUCGUCAGCAACGAGAACCCGGCGGAAAGUGCCGCCCACAAGGAGGAGGACGAGUGAGGGGUGGGCGUGGUCGUGGUCAUGGUCUUGUCUGCUGAUUUUGGUGGUUCUGGAUAUAUAUAUAGAGAGAUGUAUGGCAGCUGGGAUUAGCUAUAGUAGCAACAGCGGUAACCUGAGCACAUCCCAAAAGGGUCCAACAUCGUCGAAUAAUGGCGGACUCGUGCUGAUCGGUUCCAGCAGCGCCACUUCCAGUUCCGUGCCCUCAUUAUCCCUCACUUCAUCUUCAUCAGCGGGCUCCUCAUCUUCUUCUAGCAGCUCAACCUCCUCAUCAUCCACUACGAGUAACAGUGGCAACCGCAGUGGAAGACCCACCAGCAACCAAAGCAACUCGAACUCGAACUCCAACCCGAUUCAUGAUCAAUUACCCGCCCAGCUAUCGUCGCGGAUUAUCAACACACGCAAUGGCGCCAUAUCGGGCGUAAUUGUCCAAUUAGAUGGCCGCCACUUGGAUCCGGUUGAGGCGUAUCGGGGAAUCCCCUAUGCCUCGCCGCCGGUCGGCAAUUUGCGAUUCAUGCCGCCCGUCUCGGCGGCCAUGUGGUCAGGUGUCAAGAAGGCGGACAGAUUCAGCCCGGUUUGCCCGCAAAGAUUGCCGGACAUCCACAACGAGACGGCGGCCCUGGAGCGUAUGCCCAAGGGCAGACUGGAGUAUCUGAAGCGAUUGCUGCCCUAUCUACAGAAUCAAUCAGAGGACUGCCUCUAUCUAAAUAUUUAUGUGCCCAUACAAGUUGGAUCGCGUGACUCCUCGAGCAGUUCCUCGUCCUCAUCUGGGGGCUUCUCCUCGUCACCGGGAAGUGGUGGCUCCAGCUCAUCCUCCUCGUCGUCUUCAUCAUCCUCCUCGUCGGCUGGAAGUGGAGGUCCUGCCAAGUAUCCUGUGCUGGUCUUUGUGCACGGCGAAUCAUAUGAAUGGAAUAGCGGCAAUCCCUACGACGGAUCCGUGUUGGCCAGCUAUGGACAAAUAUUGGUGGUAACCAUAAAUUAUCGCCUCGGAGUGCUGGGCUUUCUGAAUGCCAACACGGACCGCUACUCGAAGCUGCCGGCCAAUUACGGGCUGAUGGACAUCAUUGCGGCACUGCACUGGCUCAAGGAGAACAUCGCUGCCUUUGGCGGGGAUCCCAACAGCAUCACCCUCGCAGGACAUGGAACGGGGGCGGCCUGCGUUCACUUCCUCAUCUCGUCGAUGGCCGUGCCGGAGGGCCUGCUGUUCAACCGAGCUAUUCUGAUGUCCGGUUCAGGCCUGGCCCCCUGGUCACUGGUGAGCAAUCCGGCCAAGUACGCGGCCAUCGUCGCCCACCACGUAAACUGCGCCUCCGACCUCCCACAUGCCCACCUCAUGAAGUGUCUGCGCGAGAAGACACUGGACCAGCUGCUCAGCGUACCCAUUCGGCAGCCGGAGUUUGGCUUUGCCUUCGGGCCCAGUAUCGACGGAGUAGUCAUCGACGGCGGGGAUUACGUGCCUCCUGCCCCGGGAUCCCCAGCUGCUCAGGCUCAAGCUCAGGCAUCGACGGCCGCCGGGAACGGAUUGGGCGGAGAGGCGGGAAUCGCAGCUGCAGGCGGAUGGGGAACGCCAGGACAGCUUGAGAAUAUCGUAUUAAUGAGAAAAACUGCCAUUAACAAGUUGUCAAGAUACGACCUGAUGGCCGGCGUGACACGUGCCGAGGCCUUUUUCAGCUUCAAUUCGGGCGACGUGCAAUAUGGAAUCGAGGCGGAUCGACGGUCGAGAAUUUUAAAGGCCUACGUACGCAACACGUACACGUUCCAUUUGAACGAGAUAUUCGCCACGAUUGUCAAUGAGUAUACGGAUUGGGAGAGGCCCGUGCAGCAUCCAAUUAAUAUCCGGGACGAAACACUAGAGGCGCUGAGCGAUGCUCAGGUCGUAGCUCCGGCGGCUCAGACGGUGGAUUUGCAUUCGGCGGAUCAUCGCAAUUCCUACCUGUACGUGUUCGACUACCAGACGCGUUUCGGUGAUUAUCCUCAGCGCCAGGGUUGCAUCCAUGGAGAGGACCUGCCCUAUAUCUUCGGUGCCCCACUUGUUGGCGGUUUCAAUCACUUCACGCGCAACUACACCAAAACCGAAAUCAGUCUAUCGGAAGUUGUGAUGUUCUACUGGGCCAACUUUGUGCGAACGGGCAAUCCAAAUGAACAAAUGGAAACGGAGCAUGGCAGUCGCCAGGAAAGGAGUCGCUAUAAAACAAUCGAAUGGACGGCCUACGAAAGUGUGCACAAGAAAUACCUCAAUUUCGAUACCAAGCCAAAACUGAAGAACCAUUAUAGAGCUCAUCGCCUGUCCUUCUGGCUAAAUCUCAUCCCGGAUCUGCAUAAGCCAGGUGGCGAUAAUGUACCCGCUGCACACCACCAACUCCAUGAUGAUGACGACGAAGACAACAAUAUACCCAGCGAUGCCUCUGUAAAGCCCCUGAAUCCGCCGUACACUUCUCGGGCUGCAAAUGCGGCAGCCAUGGGGAACUUCACCUUCUUUACCAAUCAGGUAUUUUCCCUAAUGAAUCUCAGUUCACCUUCCUCAUCGCUGCAGAGGAACGGUACUCGGUACGGAGGCGGUAAGAUAUAUCCAGAUGAUAUGAUGGAUGGAGAUCAUGGCGGUGGGGCUGCAAGUGCUUCGCAGGAUAAUGAUGGAUUUGCAGCCUACUCAACCGCCUUGAGUGUGACUAUAGCCAUAGGUUGCUCUCUAUUGAUUUUGAAUGUCUUGAUCUUUGCGGGAGUCUAUUACCAAAGGGAUAAGACUCGGCUAAGUGAGCCCAGGCCUCAGACCAAGCUGAAAAGGCAGGAAAACGGACAGAUGCCAAAUAAUAUUUGCGGGGAUCUGGAAACCUUAACUAUCCACGCGAAGAGCGACCCAGCUACUAUACUAUCGCAUCACCAUGCCAUGCAACACCACCAAUUGCCACCACCGGAAUUCGCGGACAUACCCCACCGUGCACCGCCGCCACCGAAGCAUAUGAAAUCUCUGCAGGAUCCGGGAGGCGGUGGUUCGGUCAGUGGGACGGUGGGCGUUUCCGGUGUGGUGCAAAUGCCACCCCCACACGCCCUUCAAGUGAUGGGCAAUCAAUGCGGUACACUGACCAAAAAGAGCUGCAUGAAACAAACGCAGGCCCAGGCCCAGCAACAUUCCCCUGCCCAGCAACAACAGCAACAGCAGCAGCAGCAACAUGUGGUUACCCAUCAGCAGCACUUGCAGAAUCAUCAUAAUCAAAGCAUGACCACUGUGCUGACCACGGCCGGUGGAUUGGUGGUGCCGACGCCACCCACUGUCCCAGUGAUUGUGGCCACCACCACGCAACACCAGCAGCAGCAACACCAGCAGCAGCAACAUCAGCAACAGCAACACCAACAGCAGCAGCAGCAACAACAGCAGCAACAUCCGCUGAUGGACGAGCUGCGUGUGUGACAUUAAUUGACCGUGCGUUUUAAAUGUGAUCUCUAAACGCACAGAAUCCUUAAUCCUAAAUCCCUUCCCCUAUGCGUUUCAGCAGUCUCAUAUAUUUAAACUAUUUAUAGCCUAUAUAGCCAUUAAGUGUAUGUCUGGGGUUAAAGCUGUGUCUAUCCAAUACACACAGAAGCUUUUCCUUGCUAAACUCUGUUGCUAGUUGGUUUUCUAAAAAGAACUCUGUAAAUAGUUAACUAAGUGUAGAUUGUUGUCGAACUCAUUAUCAAGGAAUGUUAACUUGGAAUUUAAACUAAGCUGCAAAGUGUUCACCGAAUGGUUUUAUUAUAUAUGUUUCUUGAUAAUUACAAAUAUGUACUCUUUUUAGAAGAAGAUGUAGGGCAUAUACUACAUGAUUUCAGACUAAACUAUAUCUUUAGAUUUAUUUUAGUAUUUGUUUAAAUUCUAUUGUCUUUCUCCACAAAAGUAACAUAUUCUUUUUAAAGUAAGCAAUUUUAUUAUAUUUCAAGUAUUAACUGUAAUAACUUUCCUGUAAUUUAUUUAAACAAUAAAUUAGAUUUGGUCGUUUAAUAUUCUAUAUUUAUUUUAAUGCUUUUCUGUAUUUCGCAACUAAUUAGGACCAAUACAAACUAUACGAUUCCAAGUUACCGACAAGUUCCCUUCUCUUCCCUUUGUUGGCGUUAGUAUAAAAGCAUUACGUAGAAAAUAAAUAUAGGAAAAACUAAGAGAAUUCUUGAAGCGCAAAGGCAGAAAAAGAAAAUGAAUGUUAUUCUUCCAAAGACUGAAUUAUAAUUGUGUAUUGUGUGUAAAUAAAACUAGUCGCAGAAUUAAAUGUACUACAAAACUCCCAUAUAAAUACAUUUUCAAACGAUAAAAAUAUGAGAAAGCAGUUUUUAGCCAAAGAAGAAAAACCAAGAAACUAAUCAGAAAGUCCAAUGGAAAAUGGCAGUCAUAAAAUCAAAUCAUGUACAGGUGAAAGGCAGCUGUUCCUCUUAGUUUUGGCAGGAGACUUGUAAAAAGAUGCUACCCCAUCAUGAAAAAACAACAAUAGAGGCAACCUAAACUCAAACUAAAACUGAAACUAAACUUUGGUCAGUCGGAAAACAAACAAAGGAAAAACAAAAUUAAAUUAAACUGUUAAUUGUAAGCAUGCAGCUACUUUGUUAUGUAACUAAAUAAAUAUUUAUAUAGCUAUUAAAAUUAAAUGCGUAUAUAAGCCCACACAAAAUAAAAAACCAGUAAGCUCCUCUAUAUAGCUAUACAAUUUCCAACUGCGAGAAUAGUUAAAAAUUCCAUUAGGAGUUAAGCGGGGCAAUUGAAAGUAUAACAAAUAUUCAUAAUUUCUCUCGUUUUUUUUUAUCUAUUUAUUUCUUUUCGUUCUGAAUUACAACUAUUUACAAACAAUUGCCCAAAAUUGUAAUUAAAAUGGAAAUGAUAGGCGUGAGAAAAAACAGGAAGGGAAAAUAAAGCAAUGGAACAGCUCAUUAAAGUGAAACAGUUUACGGCGCUUAUUAAAAAUACUUGUAAAUUUUAUAAACACAUUUAGCGGCAGUAAAAACCAAGCUGGGAAGAAAACUAUAAUGCAAAACAGAAACCAGUUGCAGCCCAAUUGAGAAUGUAUAAGUCUAUAGCUUCUGUAUGCAUAUACAUACAUCUAUAAUAAUAAAUCUAUAUAUUAAUGUAACGGUGUAAACUUAGCAUAAUUAGCAAAAUAAUACAAGUACAUAUAUAAAUAAUAUAUAGAGUGCUGCAUAACUGGCAAAACAAAAAGGAUACAUUUAAAACCGAAACUCAUGACAACUAUUGCGUUAGAAAAUGUGUAACGAUUGUGCGAAAGAGACUUAGCAUUAACAAAUUCGGAAUAAAUGGAAUAUAGUAAAAAUCAGUAAAAACAACAUAAAAACACAAAUUAAAAAGAGAGGAAAGCAGAAAUUUAGUUUAAUGGUUUAUAACCAGAAAAGUGGUGUAAGGCGAGUUGCAGACUCUUGAGAUGACAUGAAAAUUUAAAUAAUAAUAAAGUUACAAAAAUUAUAA